UGCGCAACAACGAUUUGCUUCAGGCUUGUGCGAUUGGAUGACCCGCCACCUGAACCCAGACGUCCUCAUGAAUUAUUCACGAGUCGCCCACCUUCAGCCAGCCUGGCUGAAGAGCGCAGCUCAGGACGUCUGAUUGAGGUUCUUCUGCACAACCGGCGUGCCGACAUUCCCGAUUGGCCCUGAACGCAGCGCCAGCAGCAGGCUGAAGAUGGCGGAUUGCAUACGUGUUCCUCACCUCCUGCUUUUCUUGUGCGUCUCGUCGUUUUUCCGGCUGUAUCGAGCGGACGGCAACGGCCCGGCCAAAGCGUGGCCCGUCGCCGCCAACUUCCAGAACCUGCCCGGCGCGGUCAACGCGGGAGCUGCCGCUGAGAAGAACCCGGGCGGCGGCGGCGGCGGCGGGGCCUCGGCGUCUCGGAAGCGCUCCCCCGCCUGGAAGUUGUCCGAGCAGGCGGUGUGCAGGGACGACCUGACGCGCCUGUGCUCCAAGGACACGUGGAGCAACAAUCUGGCGGUGCUCGAGUGUCUCCAGGACAAGAAGGAGGAGACGGACAUCGCAGCCGAAUGCAGCCAUCUGCUGUGGAACUACAAGCUCAACCUGACCACCGACCCCAAGUUUGAGUCGGUGGCCGUGGAGGUGUGCCGGUCCACCAUCUCCGAGAUUAAAGAGUGUGCGGCGGAGGAGUUGGGCAAAGGGUACCUGGUAUCGUGCCUGGUGGACCACCGUGGCAACAUCAGCGACUACCAGUGCAAGCAGUACAUCACCAAGAUGACCGGCAUCGUCUUCAGCGACUACCGCCUCAUCUGCGGCUUCACGGACAAGUGCCGCGACGACAUCAACACGCUCCACUGCGGCAGCAUCAGCUCGGGGGACAAGGACGUCCACUCGCAGGGCGAGGUGAUCGCGUGCCUGGAGAAGGGCCUGGUGCGCGAGGCCGAAGAGCGGCCCGGCGCGCACGCCAUCAAGGACGAGUGCAAGAAGUCCAUCAUGCGGGUGGCCGAGCUCUCCUCGGACGACUUCCACCUGGACCGAUAUCUCUACUUUGCCUGCCGGGACGACCGCGAGCGCUUCUGCGACAAUACGCUGGCAGGGGAAGGUCGCGUCUACAAGUGUCUCUUCAACCACAAGUUUGAGGAGGCCAUGACGGAGCGGUGUCGCGAGGCGCUGACCACCAGGCAGAAACUGAUCGCCCAGGACUACAAAGUCAGCUACUCGCUGGCCAAAGCCUGCAAGUCGGACCUGCGCAAGUACCGCUGCAGCGCGGACAGCGGCGUGCCCCGUGCCCGCGAGGCGCGGCUCUCCUACCUGCUGCUCUGCCUGGAGUCGGCCGUGCACCGAGGUCGCGUGGUGAGCGGCGAGUGCCAGGGCGAGAUGAUGGACUACCGCCGCAUGCUGAUGGAGGAUUUCUCCCUGAGCCCCGAGAUCGUGCUGCACUGCCGCGCCGAGAUCGAGGGCCACUGCUCGGGUCUCCACCGCAAAGGCCGCACGCUGCACUGCCUCAUGCGGGUCGGCCGCGGCGACGCGGGCGCCGUCGACCCCAACUGUCAGCGCGCGCUGCAGACGCUGAUCCAGGAGGCCGACCCUGGCGCCGACUACCGCAUCGACCGCGCGCUCAACGAGGCCUGCGAGUCGGUCAUCCAGACGGCCUGCAAGCACAUCCGCAACGGCGACCCCAUGAUCCUGUCGUGUCUGAUGGAGCACCUGUACACGGACAAGAUGGUGGAGGAGUGCGAGCAUCGGCUGCUGGAGCUGCAGUACUUCAUCGCACGAGACUGGAAGUUGGACCCCAUCCUGUACAGGAAGUGCCAGGGCGACGCCGUGCGCCUCUGCCACACGCACGGCUGGAACGAGACCAGCGAGAUGAUGCCGCCCGGCGCCAUCUUCUCCUGCUUGUACCGCCACGCCUACCGAUCGGUGGAUCAGGGCCGCAGGCACCCAGUCGGAGUCACUGAAGAAGAAAACACCACUCUGUCGCGGGACUGCAAGGUGGAGGUGCAGAGGAUCCUCCACCAGAGGGCGCUGGAUGUGAAGCUGGACCCCGAUCUGCAGCGGCGCUGCAUGACCGACCUGGGCAAAUGGUGCAGCGAGAAGACGGAGGCGGGACAGGAGCUGGAGUGCCUCCAGGACCACCUGGAGGACCUGGUCCCGGACUGCCGCAACGUGGUGGGAAACCUGACCGAGCUCGAGUCCGAGGACAUUCAGAUCGAGGCGCUGCUGAUGCGAGCCUGCGAACCCGUCAUCCAGGCCCACUGUCACGAGGUGGCCGACAACCAGAUCGACUCCGGGGACCUGAUGGAGUGUUUGGCGCGCAACAAACACCAGAAGGAGAUGAAUGACAAGUGCUCGGUGGGAGUCACGCACUUCCAGCUGAUCCAGGUCAAAGACUUCCGCUUUUCCUACAAAUUCAAGACGGCCUGCAAGGAGGAUGUCCUCAAACUUUGCCCCAACAUCAAGAAGAAGGUGGACGUGGUGAUGUGCCUGAGCACCACGGUGAGGAACGACACCCUGCAGGACGCCAAGGAGCAGCGCGUGUCCGUCAAGUGUCGCAAGCAGCUACGCGUGGAGGAGGUGGAGAUGUCUGAAGACAUCCGACUGGAACCGGAACUGUACGAGUCGUGCAAGCAGGACAUCGGCCGCCUGUGUCAGAACGUGGCCUUUGGGAACGCGCAGGUGAUCGAGUGUCUGAAGGAGAGCAAACGUCAGCUGACUCAGCGCUGUCGCCAGAAGAUCUUCAAGCUCCAGGAAGUGGAGAUGGUGGAUCCCGAACUGGACUAUCAGCUCAUGAGGGUCUGCAAGCACAUGAUCAGGCGGUUUUGCACCGAGUCCGAAGGCAAGAACGUCCUUCAGUGUCUGAAGCAGAACAAGAACAGCGAGAUGAUGGAUCCCAAGUGCAAGCAGAUGAUCACCAAGCGGCAGAUGACGCAAAACACGGACUUCCGCCUCAACCCGAUCCUGAGGAAGGCGUGCAAAGCCGACAUUCCCAAGUUCUGCCAGGGCAUCUUGAACUCGGCCACGGCCGACGGCGAGCUCGAGGGGCAAGUCAUCGCCUGCCUCAAGCUCAAGUACGCCGACCAGCGCCUGUCCACCGACUGCGAGGACCAGAUCCGCAUCAUCCUGCAGGAGUCGGCGCUGGAUUACCGACUGGACCCCCAGCUGCAGCUCCAUUGCACUCAGGAGAUUUCGCGUCUGUGCUCCGAGGAGGCGGCGGCGCAGGAGCAGACGGGUCAAGUGGAGGAAUGUCUCAAGGUCAAUCUGCUGAAGAUCAAACAGGAUGCUUGCAAGAAGGAGGUGCUGAACAUGCUGAAGGAGAGCAAGGCGGACAUCUUUGUGGACCCUGUUCUGCACACGGCCUGCGCGCUCGACAUCAAGCACCACUGCGCUGCCAUCCCGCCUGGCAAGGGCCGCCAGAUGUCGUGCCUGAUGGAUGCGCUGCAGGACAAACGCGUGCGUCUGCAGCCCGAGUGCAAGAAAAGACUUCAGGACCGCAUCGACAUGUGGAGCUACGCCGCCAAGGUGGCGCCGGCGGAGGGUUUCUCGGACCUGGCGACGCAGGUGCUGACGUCUCCGUCCAAGAACUACAUCCUGACGGUGAUGGGCGGCGGCGUGGCGCUGCUCUUCCUGAUGGGCCUGUUGUGCGGGAGAUUCACCAAACGCGUCACCCAGGAGCUGAAGGACAGGUAGACCCCGCCCGUGGCGGGCUCUGGACACGCCCACAGCAGGAACCCCGCCCCUCAAAGACCCUCCCAGAACGCUCAAAGUGGACGCCGACCACUCUCUAACUUGCCCCGCCCACUGCCGGAAGGCCCCGCUCAUUUUGUUUUUCUUCGAUUUCCCUUGCUGGACGGGGUGCCAGUUUGGGGGCUCGGAGGCCAAGGCGUGUCAAUGUAGAAGGAAAAAAAAAGAAAAGAAAGUUGUCACAUGACCUGCCUCGACAGUGUGCCGCAGUGACUCCACCCCAUUCCAAAAGUGUGUUUGAUUCAUUGCCGUGGGACUGCUCGGCCUGCGGGGGCCAAGCAAAUGCCUCCGCCCCCUCCCCUCACGGCCCCAUUCCUCUUCUUAACUUGGCUUUUUUUUUUUUUUUGCUUUAAGGUGCUGCGUGCACGAAGGCCGCGGACGGAUGCCCCGGUGCGCUGCUUUUUUUCCAACCUCACACCCGUGUCGUGAACGCAGCAGCGCGCCAGGUGGCCCUUUCUGUGAUGUCAUCAUAGUGCCACGCUGUCACCGCACCGUCCGUGACACUUCGGGACAUCGCUGUUAAAAGACAACACUGCGCGGCGAUUCCAUUUGUCUGCAGUUUGUGGCAUCUCUUGCGCAGUGAUGUCACAGCUGAAUGAUGUCACCGUCCCUAAAAUAAAGACAGCACUGUGACGAAUUGUUUUUACUCCACGUCGAUGGUGCAUAAAGAUGGGAUCCCCAAAAAAAUUUUUUUUAAAAGGGUAAAAAGAACGUCCAAGAAAACAUGACCGUGGGGUGAUGUUAAGUUCAGUCGCUGUUUGGUGACAUCAUUCAGUCGUGCUUACGUAUGCGCCGUCCAUUUGGUGAUGUCACCAGUUGGCUGGUCGGACCUGCAGAUAGGUAGAAGAUGUUUUUUUUCCACGUUUAACGUGCUGCUGAGGCGGGCACACUGCAGCAAGACCUGGGCCCGGGGGGGAUUUAUUUUGGAGUCAUUGCACACGCAUAUAAAACAGUCGCUACUUAGCUCAUUUGCCCGUAAUGGUUUAAGUGGGACGUUGUUUCCUGUGCGCGCCGCCCGCCUUCCAACAAAAA